CCAAUUCACUGUGAGUGUAUGUGUAUGUGGGGAAAGGCUGGGCCCAGACCUGCAGGUCCAUGAUUCCAGAGAGGCGACUACCACAUCGAUGUCUGCAUCAAUGACUACCUGGAUGUGUUCUGCCCUCACUAUGAAGACUCAGUGCCAGAAGAUAAGACCGAACGCUAUGUUCUGUACAUGGUGAACUUUGAUGGCUACAGCUCCUGUGAUCACACUUCCAAGGGGUUCAAGAGGUGGGAGUGUAAUCGGCCGCAUUCCCCAAAUGGACCAUUGAAGUUCUCGGAAAAGUUCCAACUCUUCACGCCCUUCUCACUAGGAUUUGAGUUCAGGCCAGGCCGGGAAUAUUUCUACAUCUCUUCUGCAAUCCCAGAUAAUGGAAGGAGAUCCUGCCUAAAGCUUAAGGUCUUUGUGCGACCAGCAAACAGCUGUAUGAAAACUAUAGGUGUUCAUGAUCGUGUUUUCGAUGUUAACGACAAAGUAGAAAAUUCAUUAGAACCAGCAGAUGAUACCGUACAUGAGUCAGCCGAGCCAUCCCGUGGUGAGAACGCGGCACAGACACCAAGGAUACCCAGCUGGCUUUUGGCAACUCUAUUGUUCCUCCUGGCAAUGCUUUUGAUAUUAUAGCAGAGUAUGCUCCGGCAACCUGUCGCAGAAAAUAUCAGGGUCUUGGAACAUCAAAGAUCCACCUAACUGCUCAUCCCAGGAAAGGGACUUUAUUGUUUUUGCAGAUGUCAAAUUGUUAUUUUUCCCUUUUCUUCUCCCUUUUAGCCUGAACUCAGCAAAAAUUUGAAGGGGAUAACUAGCUUCAGCACCCACCCCUACCUACCCUGUGACUUUCUUAACCCCUCCAUAUAAAUAAAAGGACUCCAAAUGAAAAUGCCAAACUAUAAUAGUGACACUAGUGAUUCUUAUUUUCCUCUGCAUUCUCCUUUAAAAAGUCACCUCUGUUAGCUCACUGUGUCAUCCGUAUGUGGACUAGGAAGAAUAGUGGCGGAUACAGUCAGUGAGAGAUAAGGAAAGUGAGUGAAAACCUGGGAGAGUCUUUCUCUGUGAUACAAUAUUUAUGCCUUCUCAUUCAGCACUGUAGGAUGAUCAUGCAAGGCAUUGUGUCACCAUGUCAGGACUGGAGGGGAAAUAUUAAGAGUAGACAUAAUAUAACACCCUUACCUCCAGGAGUUUCUAAAUGAACUGGCUUCUGAAAGGGAAAAAUGAUGUUUCUUAUAGGACUGUCUUGAAAUGUCUUUGACAGUAAAAUUUGUGCUCACAAGUAGUAAUGCUGUCUUUGGUGAGAGGAAGAAGUUUAGUAUUUAGGAAUGUUAGCAUACAACAGGCAAGGUCAGAUUUAGGAAACUUCACUGGGGGUGUGAGUGCCUCUGUUAUUUCGUUUUAAGGGGAUAAUGCACACCGGAUUAUUUUAUUUUAAAACAAAUCAACCGUGGUGCUACAAUUUUUUCUUGAAAUGCAGAGGCACUUUUGAGAAUAAAGUGACCUUCCCCAGCACUGACUUAGUAGCUGAUAGCCUUGGAUGCUGCUCUGGGUGUUAAUACAUGCUAAAAGAGGACAUCGGUGGCCAGAUGAAACGUUUGAGACACAGGAUCUUCAGUGUGCUCUUGAUUUGUCUCUCCUGCAAGUUCCUCAGUCAUGGGAAUAAACCACAUGUAGAAGAAGCCAGGGCACUCUAAUAGCAUUGUUUGAUGGGGGGAAAGAAAAGUGUGGAAUAUGAAUUCAAGUGUUGAUUUUUGUCUUUUCACCUUCCAGCACAGUUUGAAGAGUAGAGGAAACAUGUUUAUCAACCGGAGAUAAACUAGAUGGGCUCCCAAAGACUUAACAAAAUAUUUUUUUAAAAAUCCACUAGAAUAGAAAAUACAUUAUUUAGAUAUACUUUAUGCUGAGAGUGAGUAUAUAUGCUUGUCCUGUUCAAACAUGUGAGAGAAGUGGUAACCCUUGAUGCAAUUAGCAAAUGGGACUGUCUUGUUGAUGGAACUAGGUAUGACCUUGUUAAGGAAUCUGAGCCUUGGCUAACACAAAACUUUAAAAAGUACUUUGCCAGGAAGUGCAAGCCUUGGAGUGCUUUUUGGCUUGGCUACCAUGGAAUUUGGAUGCUAAGCAUAAUCAGUGAAAUUUCAGACUCAGACUGAAACAGAGCUUUUCUGACAAAAACUGGUAAUUACAUUAAAUGUGAAACAAAACACAGAGUGCAUUCAAGCAAAAUAAGAUUUUUACAUAUUAAUUAUGAAGAAAAAGUCUGCCGUAACAAAAUUGAGUGAUGCCAUUAAUGAACAGCACUUCGUAGGCUUUGUUU